CAGUUCCCUUCCCUCCUGAUUACCCUGGUUCUCAUAUAGUAAAUCCCAUUCCCAGCUCUCUCCCCCCUGUCAUUCUCACACACGUAGUGACAGGGUUGAGUGAGUACACAUACACACACGUACAGUGUGUGUGUGAGAGGAAGAGAGGGACGUGUACAGACGCGUACAAAAAUACAGAGGGGGGCUUAGCUAGCCUUUCUCUUGCCUCGCAAGCCCGCCCGACCGACACUCGGCUCGUGAAUUCCCCUUGCCCGGCCCAUAUUUUCUAUAUAUCCCCCACGUACUUUACCUGGCCUCCCACACCCCGCGCCACCUUGGCUUCCUUCCUUCUCCCCCUCUAGAGAAGCGGAGAGCUCCUCUCUCCCCUUCCCUCCACCACCACCAUCCCCAGAGGCCAGAGCACAGAGCUAGCACGCAGAGGUCGCUUGCUCGCUUCCCAUUCUUGGUUCCCUCUUUCCUUCCCCGGCCGGUCUCUUCUCUCUUGCCUCGAGAGAGAAGAGCCACCACCACCAAGGAGGAGGAGGAGGAGGAGGAGCAGGCGGCGGGCAUUAUGGCGCCCGGCGGCGGAGACGGCCGGCGGAACAACGGCGAGCAGGCGAACGGUAACAACAGGCACGGGUGCGUGUGCGGGUUCCCCGUGUGCGCGUGCGCGGGCGCGGCGGCGGUGGCCUCCGCGGCGUCGUCCGCCGACAUGGACCGCGUGGUGGCGGUGGCCGCCACCGAGGGCCAGAUCGGCGCUGUCAACGACGAGAGCUGGGUGGCCGUCGACCUCAGCGACGACCUCUCCGGCGAUGGCGGCGACGACGGCGUCGCCAUCGAGGACCGCCCCGUCUUCCGCACCGAGAAGAUCAAGGGCGUCCUCCUCCACCCAUACAGGGUGCUCAUCUUCGUGCGCCUGAUCGCGUUCACGCUGUUCGUGAUCUGGCGUAUCUCGCACCGGAACCCGGACGCGCAGUGGCUGUGGGUGACGUCCAUCGCCGGCGAGUUCUGGUUCGGCUUCUCCUGGCUCCUCGACCAGCUGCCCAAGCUGAACCCGAUCAACCGCGUCCCCGACCUCGCGGUGCUCCGCCAGCGGUUCGACCGGGCGGACGGCACCUCCCGCCUUCCCGGGCUCGACAUCUUCGUCACCACCGCCGACCCCUUCAAGGAGCCCAUACUCAGCACGGCCAACUCCAUCCUCUCCAUCCUGGCCGCCGACUACCCGGUCGAGAAGAACACCUGCUACCUCUCCGACGACUCCGGGAUGUUGCUCACCUACGAGGCCAUGGUGGAGGCCGCCAAGUUCGCCACCGUGUGGGUGCCCUUCUGCCGGAAGCACGGGAUCGAGCCGCGCGGGCCCGAGAGCUACUUCGAGCUCAAGUCGCACCCGUACAUGGGGAGGUCGCAGGAGGACUUCGUCAACGACCGCCGCCGCGUCCGCAAGGAGUACGACGAGUUCAAGGCAAGGAUCAACGGCCUCGAGCACGACAUCAAGCAGAGGUCCGACGCGUAUAACGCCGCCAGGGGGCUCAAGGACGGCGAGCCCCGCGCCACGUGGAUGGCCGACGGGAACCAGUGGGAGGGAACCUGGGUUGAGCCGUCGGAGAACCACCGCAAGGGCGACCACACCGGCAUCGUCCUGGUGCUGGUGAACCACCCGAGCCACGGCCGCCAGUUCGGCCCGCCGGCGAGCGCCGACAACCCGCUGGACUUCAGCAUGGUGGACGUCCGCCUCCCCAUGCUGGUGUACGUGUCCCGUGAGAAGCGCCCGGGCUUCAACCACGAGAAGAAGGCCGGCGCCAUGAACGCGCUCACCCGCUGCUCCGCCGUGCUCACCAACUCGCCCUUCAUCCUCAACCUCGACUGCGACCACUACAUCAACAACUCCCAGGCGCUGCGCGCCGGGAUCUGCUUCAUGCUCGGCCGCGACAGCGACACCGUCGCCUUCGUCCAGUUCCCGCAGCGGUUCGAGGGCGUGGACCCCACGGACCUGUACGCCAACCACAACCGCAUCUUCUUCGACGGCACGCUCCGGGCGCUCGACGGCAUGCAGGGGCCCAUCUACGUCGGGACGGGUUGCCUCUUCCGCCGCGUCACGCUCUACGGCUUCGACCCGCCGAGGAUCAACGUCGGCGGCCAGUGCUUCCCGUCGCUGGGAGGGAUGUUCGCCAAGACCAAGUACGAGAAGCCGGGGCUCGAGAUGAGCACCGCCAAGGGCGCCGCCACCGCCGUCGUCGCCAAGGGUAAGCACGGGUUCCUGCCCCUGCCCAAGAAGUCGUACGGCAAGUCGGAGGCGUUCGUGGACUCGAUCCCGCGCGCGUCGCACCCGUCGCCGUUCGCCAACGCCACCGGCGACGCCGGCGUGCUGACCGACGAGGCGACCAUCUCGGAGGCCGUGGCGGUGACGACGGCGGCGUACGAGAAGAAGACCGGGUGGGGCAGCAACAUCGGGUGGGUGUACGGCACCGUGACGGAGGACGUGGUGACGGGGUACCGGAUGCACAUCAAGGGGUGGCGCUCCCGCUACUGCUCCAUCUACCCGCACGCCUUCAUCGGCACCGCCCCCAUCAACCUCACGGAGCGCCUCUACCAGGUGCUCCGCUGGUCCACGGGGUCCCUCGAGAUCUUCUUCUCCAAGAACAACCCGCUGUUCGGGAGCACGUUCCUGCACCCGCUCCAGCGCGUCGCCUACAUCAACAUCACCACCUACCCGUUCACGGCGCUGUUCCUCAUCUUCUACACGACGGUGCCGGCGCUGUCGUUCGUCACGGGGCACUUCAUCGUGCAGCGCCCCACCACCAUGUUCUACGUGUACCUUGCCAUCGUGCUGGGCACGCUGCUGAUCCUGGCGGUCCUGGAGGUGAAGUGGGCGGGCGUCACCGUCUUCGAGUGGUUCCGGAACGGGCAGUUCUGGAUGACGGCGAGCUGCUCCGCGUACCUCGCCGCCGUGUGCCAGGUGGUGGUGAAGGUGGUGUUCCGUCGGGACAUCUCGUUCAAGCUGACGUCGAAGCAGCCGGCGGGCGACGAGAAGAAGGACCCCUACGCGGACCUGUACGUGGUGCGGUGGACGUGGCUGAUGGUGAUGCCCAUCAUCAUCAUCCUCGUCAACAUCAUCGGCUCCGCCGUGGCGUUCGCCAAGGUGCUCGACGGCGAGUGGACGCACUGGCUCAAGGUCGCCGGCGGCGUCUUCUUCAACUUCUGGGUGCUGUUCCACCUCUACCCGUUCGCCAAGGGCAUCCUCGGGAAGCACGGCAAGACCCCGGUCGUGGUGCUGGUGUGGUGGGCGUUCACCUUCGUCAUCACCGCCGUGCUCUACAUCAACAUCCCACACAUCCACGGACCCGGCGGUAAGCACGGGCACGGCGGCGCGCUGGGGAAGCACGCCCACGGACACCACGCCGGCAGCAAGUUCGGUUACUCGGAGGUCUACGGCUGGCCGUGAUGGAUCGAUCGAAGCACAUAUACCACAUCCGAUUGGGUGAUCAACCGACUACGACCGUGAAGAGAAGAGUACGUUCCGUUCUGUUAUAUUCCAUUCCAUUUCUACCUGCUGCUGGUGAAGACUACUACAAACAAGAGAUCGACGACGUACGCGCCACCACAAUUUGAUUUUUCUUUUUUGCCCUUUCUUUUUUUUCUUUGGUUCUUUUUUUAGUUUUGUCCAGAAAUUGAAAGAUGGUGUUGAUUUGAUUUAGUUUUUUUUUAAUUACCGUACCUGUGGUAAUUAAUCAUGUACCUACUACUUAUAUACAUUACGCGAAGAAGAAGAGGAUGAAGGAAGGAUCAUCACUUGUAAGUGAGAGGAUGAGCGGGUGGGGCCGGGGUGUGUCUUGUCUGUCUGUCUGUACUGUACAUGCUACUGGAGUGGAGUCACACACAGAGAGGAGAGGAGAAGGGAGAGGGGUCCAGGGCCCGGCUUUGGGGUGGUAUUCUUUUUUAGUAUAUGGAACACAAUAAAUUUAAUUUCAUUCUUGAAAAAAAAAUGUGCAUGCUGCUGUGUGUCCUGGACUCUACUGCCAAUCUUGUAGUAUACGUGUACUGCUACUACCUGUGUACUGUACUGUUCACUGUUUGUUAAUUGAUGAUACCCUGCUGAUUUAA